AUGAGAGAAGCUAAGGGAGCGCCGUUAAGCCCGGUUGUCCAAUCAACGGAAAUGGGAGUCAGUGACCUAAUGGAGGUACUGAGCCCAAAGCUGGAUCUAAUGUCUUCUGUUCCAGGAUCAAAUGCUUGGGAGGCAGCCUCUGCAUCCGCAUUUCCAUUCCCAGGGAGCUCAAAGCAAGAAAGUGAAUCCUUGCCAUCAGGACCAAUCCCUAGCGCCCAAGCAACGGCAGCUAAGAACCUUUAUUCGAUACCAUUAGUAGGUAGCACGUCGAGGUUCCAAGCCGAACCAAAGCAAGAUCUUUAUCCGAACCAACUAGCGAUCAAAUACCAGCCAAGGAUUCCACUCUCUCUCCACCUGAAUCGACGGUUUCAAUAUCUUAGUAAGAUAGAUCGGUUCAGCCAGCUAGCUGCAUGCCGUAUCGGGAAGCGCUGA